CCAGUCUCAGAGAAAACUCGAGCUAGUAAACAUGGAUAUCCCGAGAGUAGUUAAACCAAAUGAUGUUCUCUUGAAGAUUCCAUGCGCCGGAAUAUGUGGCUCGGAUAUACACUGUAUCAAAAAUAAGUGGCUUAUCAAAGAUAAUGUUGUCCUUGGUCAUGAGUUUGCUGGAACUGUAGUAGAUAUUGGACCUGAGGUGACGAAUGUUAAAGCUGGAGACCGUGUUACAGCAGCUGCAGGGACCCAUUGUCACCAUUGUCGAUUCUGUCAUCGCGGAAAGCCACAUUUAUGUCCGACAGGUGGGUCUGCAAAUUAUAAUGGACUUUUUAGGGAUGGAGCUUGGGCAGAUUAUUGUCUUGUAGAAAACUCGCAGUUGUUUAAGAUAUCGGAUGAUAUCACAUUUGAAGUUGGUGCUUUGAUGGAACCAAUGUCCUGUGUUCUACAUAGCUUUUCAAUUUACAGUCCUCUUCAGGACUCAGCGUCCAUUUUGAUCGCGGGCAGUGGCAUCAUUGGGUUAUUAAAAGCGUCUGUGUUACAUUACAAAGGAUUCCGUGACAUCACAAUAUGUGAGCCAAUGCAAGGCCGACGAGAUAUCGCUAAGAACUGCCAGCUUAGUGGGUUAAAAGUUGCAGACCCAAGUGAGAUUAUUGAGAAGUAUACAGAUAUCGAUACUUCCCUAGAUGGUUAUGACCUGAUUUUCGAUUCUACCGGUUCAUCCAAGGCAUUCGAGGACUAUUUUCCGCUUUUACGCAAAGGUGCCACCUAUAUGAUGUUUGGAAUUUGCCCACCAAAAGCAAAAUCUUCAAUUUCACCCUACGACUUGCUUAACAAAGAAGUGAAAAUUUUGAGUUCAAAUACAGAGUGUAAUACCCAUAUGGAUGCUGUAUCGUUGGCGGAAAACAUGGCAAGAGAUGGAAAACUUGAUUUGGAAAAAUUGGGUGUGAAAUCGUAUCCUUUGGAGAAAUAUGAAACAGCUCUGAAGGAUUUGACAAAUGCCACAAUCUCAAAAGCAAUGUUAACAGUAUAGUUAGGCCAUGCCCUGCCUGAUAAUCAGUGACCGUGCCAAUAAAUAAAUAAAUAAAUAAAUAAAUAAAUAGAUAAUACAGAGGGAAAUAAAAAUUAAGAAAUAACCUGUUGAUUAUUUAGAAAAUUUUGAAAGUUCAAAUCGACUGUACUCGUUGCAUACAGUACUAUCCUUAAUUUGAACAUGUUGAUUAAACAACCAACAUAUUUUCUGCAAGGCUUUCUACAAGGUAAUCACUAAAUAAAGUAAGGUGUGCUCUAACUAAUUUAAAAAUGGUAC